CUACCUGAAUAGGUUUUGUAUUUUUUUGCCACCACAAACGUCUGGUGCUCAAAACAGGUUCCAAAAAUAGAAACGUAAAUAGAAAGGAAAUAGAAAGAGGACUGGUGACUUGUAGCCAAUCAGAUGAAAUUCUCCAGUAUAAAUUCUCCAGUUCUCCAGUGCUUUGCUCAUUUGAUUAUUUUUUCGACCUGUGUAUCAUUUCAGCUCUGAGGAUGACUUCAAUCUGGACAAUUAUUUUAUUUCUCAACACAAUAUCUCCAGCUCAAACUUUGGAUUUUUCCAGACCAUCGUUUCUCUCAUUGAAAUCCAGAGAACCUGUUACUCUUAAAUGCCCAUUUGGAGACAAUCCUAAGACUGAACAUGUGGUUUGGUUCAAGCAAAUAUUUGGAGAAAUGCCUCAAAAAGUGGGAGUAAGGUCAAUCUAUAAUGAUUUCAAACUGUUUACCAAUUUUAAGAAGUCAGGAUUUCAACUGGAGGAGACUGAUAACAGCAUUUCUCUAACAAUUCCACAUAUAAAAAAAGAAGACAGAGGAUUUUACUUCUGUGGAAAAUUUAGCUGGGAGAAUUUUAUAUUAUCAAGUGGAACGUUCUUGGCUGUAGAAGAUGACAGAGAUGUAACUUUCACGGUGUCACAGCGCAGCGUGUCGGACUCGGUUCCUGCAGGAGCCUCAGUGACUCUGCAGUGCUCGGUUCUCUCUGAGAGCAGAGCAGCAGAACUCCAAGUGCUCUGGUUCAGAGCUGCUCCACCACAAUCCCAUCCUCAAAUCAUUUACACUCAUCACAACAGCAGCCAUCAGUGUGAGAGCGGCUCCUCUACACACACCUGUGUGUACAACUUCACCAAGAACAUCCUCAGCCUCAGUGAUACUGGAACUUACUACUGCGCUGUGGCCCUGUGUGGGAAGAUCGUAUCUGGGAAUGGGACACAAGUACAGCUGGUUUCAGUAAGAUCUGAGGAUCCUGUAGUGAUCAGCCUCGCUGUAGCUUUGGGAAUGUGUGUGGUUGUGAUUUUUGCUCAUAUUGCAAGCUGUACAUGGAGAAAAUGUGAAUAUCUCACUGUGAAAUCUGAAGAAAUGAUAAUAAAGAAAGCUGCAAAUCAGAACCGUGAUGCCAUGGAGCUGAGUUUUGUUGCCACACAUAUCAGUAAAAGACAAAGAAGGACAGAGCGAGCUCAAGAUAAUGUGUAUACUGAAGUGAUUUACUCUUCUGUUUCUUAGAGCUUAUGUUAUCUUCAUGUCCUUUUGAGUUUCCUCCAAGUUCCUUGGAUUUCUCUGACCUUUCAAAAACAUUGUAGUAGGUGAACUGGUGAAGAUAAAUUGUCCAUAGGUGUGUGUGGGUGUUCCUGAUGUCCAUGUUUUAAAGAGCAUCUUGUUGCAUGAAGACAUUAAAGUUCUAUUCGUCUGAUUUCUGUGAUUUUUCCCUUUUAUACACCCUAUGGUCAUGACUAAAUGUAAAUGUAUCGUGAAAACAUGUUUGCUACAGCAUUUUGGUCUGAUUUGACAUUUAACAACAUAUCCUUAUGAUUAAAAAGGAAAACUAGCCAAAUGUUUGGAAAUUUGGUAGAAAUUUUUAGUUCAGUGUGACUAAUGAAAAGAGUUAUACACUUUACUCUCUCUGUUAAAAGAUAACUGAGGCCCACUGACUGUUUUGUGGUUUAUUGUGAUGCUGCAUUACUGUGAAUUUUCAAUACUAGCAUCUGGUGUCCAGUGUAACGCUGUUCUAGGAAACUAGAAGACACCAAAAAUAGCAGCAAGU